AUGUGGACAAUCGUCGCCCGCUUUGCCGAGGCCGCCGCCUCCGUCUCCCACUACAUCCGUGAUGAGCCCUGCGCAACCGGCAUCCAUCUGCUCGUCGCCCGCGGCACUACUGAAGCUCCGGGUGUCGGGCGGAUGGGCGUUGUUGCCCGGAAAGUCACCUUGGCCAUCCCCGGAUCUACCAUCGAGGCCAUCGACUAUCCCGCUGUCUUCUCCAACUACAGCGAUUCCGAGGAGAAGGGAGCCAUUGCCUUUGAGAAGAGGCUCAUCGCUUACCAUGAGAGGUGUCCGGACACCAAGGUUGCCCUGCUGGGAUAUUCCCAAGGCGCGCACGCCAUGAUGGACUCGCUUUGCGGCAACUCGGGAGAGGGCAAUGAUUACCAGGCUAGCAAGGGGUAUUUGGAGGUGUUCAACGAGACUGUCGUCGCGGCCGUUGCCUACGGUGACCCAAGCCACACAGUCAACGGAACCGAUGGCGGCGCUCCCUGGAACCUUGGCAGCAGCACCCACAAUGGCGUAAGUUUCCCUUUUUUCAUCAGCCUCCCUUCUUAUUUAAUGAGCUGUAUUGACAUAAUAUCAAGAUCUUCCCCCCGCGAGAACAUGACCUCCUGCCUUCCCCUCGCUGACCGUAUCGCCUCUUGGUGCGAUACCGGCGACGUCUACUGCGAUAAUGGCCAGGACAGCACCGUCCACGGGGGCUACUUUGGCAACUACACCACCGAGACUGUCAACUGGAUCGUUGAGAAGUACAACGCUGCGAUUGCUGCUGACCAGAAGGACGGUGGUUCCGACUCGGGUAACUCGACCUCCACCGUUCCUGCUUCUUCGUCGACCUCCACCGUUCCUGCUCCUUCGUCGACCUUCACCGUUCCUGCUCCUUCGUCGACUUCCACUGGUGUUGCUGCCCCUACUGGAUCCGGAUCGCCGGUUGUGAGCGCGACGCCCAGUGUCUCUGCCUCAGGCACGCCUGUUGAGGGUGCUGCUGUCAGUGUGCGUGGAUCGAGUAUGAUGGUUUUUGCGGGUGUUGUUGGUGCUGUUGGUAUGGGUUUUGGUCUCUUUUAG